AGAGGAGGCGGAAGAGGAAGAGGAGGCUUCCUACAUAAAAAUCAAGUCAACCAAAUGGUGCGGCGGGCGAUACAGAAGGAAAGGAGGCGGAUGUAUGCUGGAGGAUACGCAUCAUAUCAAGCGUACGUUCCUCCAGCAUACGCAGCACCGCCUCCUUUGCCGCCGAUGCAACAUCCAAUGCCAAUGAUGCCACCGCCGCCGCCGCCGCCAACGCCAACACCACAUACAUAUGGUUAUUACUACCGAUAUCAAUAAAAAACUAUAUAAAAAAAAAUAUGUAAAGUAAUAUAUAUAUAUAUAAACAAUAUU